AACGCUAUAUCAGAGACUCAGUCGGACUCGGAGUGGUCCGUUACAUAGCCAUAGCUCACUGCACAGACUGUUCUGCGCACACGGUGUCAGGGAUCAACUCUUGCUUUUUAAAUUCCACUCGUCCUGCAUGCGCUUGUUGGAUUCCGCACCGUGCGUCUUCAUGCGCGAGCAGCGCCCGUACACGAUUUCACAGUGUCCCCCGCUCCUAGAUCUGGCACUAUGGUUAAAUGUCUUGUUUAAUGGUUGAGAGGUGUGGAGCGAUCUCGUUUGAAAGUCCAGAUCAGAAUGCCCUAUGUAUUCAUAUGCUGGGUGAUGGAAGCCUAAGGGGGCAGACAGCAGUAUUGUCCGAGCGUAGGGGGUCGUACCCGUUCAUCGACCUGCGGCUGUUAAACACCGCUGUUCAUCCAGGGGAGAUCGGCACUAAGAAGAAGGUGAAGAGGCUGCUGAGUUUCCAGCGGUACUUCCACGCCUCCAGACUGCUGAGGGGCCCCUCCCCCCACUCCUCCCUGCACCUGCUGGACGAGGACUACCUGGGGCAGGCCGCGCAUAUGCUGUCUAAGGUCGGGACAUGGAGCUUUGACAUCUUCCUGUUCGACCGUCUCACCAAUGGUAACAGCUUAGUCACGCUUUUGUGUCAUCUUUUCAACGUCUAUGGACUUAUUCAUCAUUUCCAACUGGACAUGGUGAAGCUGCACAGAUUUCUGGGCAUGGUGCAGGAGGACUACCACAGUCAGAACCCGUACCACAAUGCCGUGCACGCGGCUGACGUCACACAGGCCAUGCACUGCUACCUGAAGGAGCCCAAGCUGGCAGGGUAUCUCACGCCCAUGGACAUCUUCCUGGGGCUCAUGGCUGCUGCAGCCCACGAUGUGGAUCACCCAGGAGUCAACCAGCCCUUCCUCAUCAAGACCAAACACCACCUGGCCAGCCUGUACCAGAACACCUCAGUGCUGGAGAGCCAUCACUGGAGGUCCACAGUGGGCAUGCUCAGAGAGUCCGGCCUCCUGUCCCAUCUGCCCACAGACAUGACGCAGGACAUCGAGCAGCAGCUGGGCUCCCUCAUUCUGGCCACGGACAUCAGCCGACAGAAUGAGUUCCUGGGCCGCCUCAAAUCGCACCUGGACAGCGACGACAUCAGCCUGGAGGACCCGGAUCACCGGCACUUUAUGCUACAGAUUGCCCUGAAGUGUGCGGACAUCUGUAACCCCUGCCGUGACUGGGACCUCAGCCGCCAAUGGAGCGAGAGAGUGUGUGAGGAGUUCUACAGACAGGGUGACCUGGAGAGACGGUGUGACCUUGAGAUCAGUCCUCUGUGUGACCAGCAGGCAAACACGGUCCCGGUCAUUCAGAUAGGCUUCAUCGCGUUCCUGGUGGAGCCGCUGUUCCAGGAGUGGACGCGCUUCACCGACGGCAGCCUGCUGGCAGAGUGCAUGCUGGGACACCUGCGGAAGAACAAGGAGCGCUGGAGGCAGCUGAAAUGCAGGGAGCAGGACACGGACACGCCCGCCCCGGGCACGGAGCAGCAGGGCACGGGCACGGGGGUGCCGUAGACCCCCAUACCGGGAACCCCAAAAAACCCUCGCUUUUCCCCGCGGGAAAACGGUCCUGUCCCGCCGGGGUCAGAGGUCAUGCACUCCGCUAACGGCACACAGCGACGGCGGACGGGAGA